AUUUCACCCCUCCAUCAAAAAGUUCGCCCUGCUUUGAGUCACGUGGUUGAAGAAAAUGGCUUCUUGAAACGAAUUUUGUCAAAUGUGUUGCUAAAAGUAGAAAGUAUAGCUACCUAAAACUGAAUGCGAGUGUUAAUAUUGGACUGAAGGGUUUGUAACUUCAAUCUCAGAAAUCGUUAUGCCACCAAAGUCAACCGAACAACAUGCCUCCUCGGAAAAAGCGAGAGAACAGAGACAUUGAUGAUUGUCCCAGGAAACGACGACGAGCUCAGGAAGAGGGCAAUGUUGUCAACUCAGACAGCGACGAGGAUGAAGACUUCAGACCGACAUCAUCAUCAUCAAGAGGGGAGAGCAAACGGGACAAGGAGAGUAGAACACGAUCAAACGAGAUGACAGAGGAGGAGAUGCUGGACCUGGCCAUGAGACUGAGUAAACAGGAGGCCAGCAGCGCGGCUCUCCGGCAACGACAGGAGGAAGAGGCCGUGAGGAAGGCCAUCGCUGAAAGCCUCUCCGUAAGUGCAGACAGCCCUACUCAUCCCCACUCAGAAUCUUCGCUCGGGUCAGGGAGCCCUACCCAACAAUGUCAAAAUUCUCCUCCAGAGCGAGAGAGCAGCAUACAGCCCCCCAGGCAUAAACUCUCCUACCCUAACCAUGGUGUGGCUGACAGGGAGGGAGCCCGCGGUGGAGGUGUUCAUGUAGGGGUGGCUCCCUCAGACAGGAGGGGGAAGAAGGAGGGAAGCCCAUUACUAGAUAUGCCUGACCUGUCUCAGACCCAGAAGGUCUACUCCCAGUCCUCCCCCCUCAACCAAGCUUCCAUCUCAGUGCCUCUCCCAUCCUCACAGGAGGAGGGGUCUUCUCAGAGGAACCUUUUCGGAGACCGCUCAGCCAACGCAAUAGAAUCUCAGGACUACAACAACUCCACAAAGAGUGACUCCCAGUCCCAACUCAGGAUCAAGUCCCCUGGUUUCCCUUCCACUACAGCUUCCCAAGCCAACAAACCUGUCCUGUGCCUGGAGAAGCUUAGCCAGGACCUCCUAGUAGACUGUCAGGCCUCUGGGUUCCUACUAAAGGGUCAUCCCAGCUUAACACUUCCCACAAAGUCCCAGAAAUCUCAAUUUUAUCAGCCCAAGAGCCCCACAUUCUCCAAUACCCCUGUGUUUUCCAAAACAGAGAGAGGUGUGGAACCAGGCCAAAGUAGUCCCUCCUUUCCUAAACGCGCCAUGUUCUCUAAUAGUGAUUCAGGAGAGGAGGAAAAAGAGGCCAGUCCCACCGUUCCUAAAAGCCUGGUCUUUUUCAAGACUGAUAGAGGAAAGGCAGAAGAAGAAGGGAGUCCAACUUCUCCUAAAAGCACCAUGUUCUCUAAGAGUGAAAGAGGACCAGAAGAGAAAGAGACCUUCUCCGGAAGUCCAGUCUUUUCCAGAACUGAUCAGAUAAGGGACCAGGGUCCACAGAGCUGUGUUGAACGUGUCUCUACAACAGGAGACUAUGAGGGUGGAGACCGAGAUGAUGCUGUGAAGAGCAGGGAUGCCUCCGAGUGCCUUCCACCACGCCCCAGAACAACCCUGUCCCUGAACAAGAGAUUUGUGCCUAUAAGGAAGACCGCUGGAGUUUCAGACAAAGCUGUUGACCAAGAGGAACGUGAGGGUGAAUCCUCGCAGAGAACUGUAAACAGGAUUAGCACGCCUGUAAAGUUGGCUACAGAAGAAGACCUUAAUUCAGAGGAACUUACAUUGGCUUUGGAGACUCAUCCAAUGCAGGAGUUAACCAGCAAUAUGGCGCUACGCUGGUCAGAUGAUGACGAAGAGGAAAAUGGUCCUGAAAAGUCAGCUCACUCGCCCAGCCCAGUCUUCCCACAGGAGAAUCACCUCCUUCAGCCAAGCAACCAGGGUCUCUCCCCAAACACCCAUGACCACCGUUCCCCCCAACACAGACACAGCCCCUGCCUCGUCCCCAAGAAACGCACUCACAACUUCAAAGGCGCCGCGUGCGAGGAGGGGGAGAGCCAGUCCAAGUGCAUCCGGAAGAAGUUCACCUUCAAGGGCAUGUAUGGAGCCCCCUCUCCCUCUCUUCUCAGACAGGCUGCAGGUAGGAGCCAGGAUGAGGCCAAAGCCGAAAGCACCUCUUCCCACCAGCCCCUGGCCUCCUCCAGCCCCCUCUCUCCCCCCACAGACGGCCAGGGUGAUGGGGGAGUGGUGUGCUACUAUUGGGGUGUGCCUUUCUGUCCACGAGGGCAGGACCCAGACGCCUACACACAGGUGAUCCUGUCCCAGCUGGAGGUGUAUGAGAAGAGCCUGAAGGAGGCCCAGAGGGGUCUGCUGAAGAAGGCAGGCUGGGGGGAGCCAGUCCUCCCUGGGCCCCCAGAGAAACCCUUCUCCAGGAGGGGACGCCUCGAGAGACGCAGGGCCCCAAAACUCAUGGAAGAGGAGAGAGGGGGGAAACGUCAGGAAGAGCUAGUGGAGGUGGUAGAGGAUGAUGAUGAUGAAGAGGAGGGAGAGAAGAGGGCGAGACAGCGGUCACGGGGGGGGGUGGAAGCGAGAGGGAAGAGAGGAAGACAGGAGUGGAAGGACUGCCAGGAUCUGUUUGUGUCCUCUCCUGAACAAGAGGAAAAAUCUCCCUACCCUGUAUUUCAUGCAGAUACCAGUCAGCUAAUUCUACUUAAACGGAGACUUGGCCUUAGAAGAGGAGAGGAAAGACUAGCAGAAAAACAACCACCUGACUUACUGGAGGAGAGGGAGGAAGACGAGAAGGAAGAAAAGAUGGAUGAUAAAGAGGGUGGAGAGAAGAGGGGGGAGGAAGAAAGGAUGGGGGAAGAAGUGGAUGUCGGAGGCUUAGAAGUUCCAGAGACCCAACUCAGUGAUGACAGCACUCGAGACCUCAUGGUCACCAGCCCUGCACAGCCCCAGCCAGAGAGCCAGUCCCUGCCUCAGAUCCAGACAUUUCUUUCAUCACCCCGUCCUCUGGAACAGCGUGAAGAGGGGAUGUUGGUGGUUGGAGAGGAGGAGGGGCGGAGGAGUAGCCCUGUGGGGAUCCCUGCUGUAGGAGAGGAUGUUCGGAUGGAGGAGGAUAUCCCAGAGCCUUCCUUCCCUCGGAGCCCCAGCAUGGACUGUCCCAUGUGCAUGCGUCUCUUCCCCCUGACGGAGAUUGAGAUGCACGCUGCCUACUGUGACGGUACCACCGGUAUCAUGGAGGAGGAAAUGGCAGAGGAGAGCCACUCGCAGGUUUCAGUCAAGGCUCGUAGGAAGGGGACCAGAAGGGGAGAGAUCAUUGGAGAGGAGCAGCCCAGCUCUUCUGGCUCUGGCAAGGUGGUACAGGGAGAGAAGUGCUUCCUGUGUCAGCAACUAUUUCCUCUCAAGAACCAUGAGAAGCAUGUAGAGGACUGCAUCAAGAACAAAGAGGUCUCCAAGGCUGCACCCAGAGACGGACAGCUCUUCUGGUCUUCUGUCUGUGGGACGAUCUUCCAGAGUGGAGACUUGCUGAGUGCUCUGGACCAGAGAGAGCAUAUAUAUUCAGGGACUGCUGAGGCCGAACCAUGUGAUACUACCUUCAAUAACCAACAAAGUGGCCUGAUUGAUGAUCUGGACACAGCAGAAUCUGGGGGAAGAGGAGACUUCAGCGCCCCAGGUUUUAGAGUGAGCACCUUGCCCAUCCAAUCCUUCACCCCUGUCUCAGAAGCCACAGACUGCCUUAUCGACUUCUAACGCCAAUGCUCUUCCACUACCUCCUCUUCCUCCUCCAGGCCCAGCCAAAGAGAGAGAUUAAAUCAAUAGUUUACAAAAAAUAUAAAUUACUGUCAACCACUUUUUAUACUCCUGCAUAUCUUUUAUUUGUAUUGUUUGUUACACUGAAUUGAAUGACAAAAAUGUGUGUUAUUAAUAUGGUAUUAAAUUAUACUGAUUUCUUUUA